CUCAUCACCUAUAAAUAUCCCCAUCCUCCACUGUUCACUGAGCUCCUCUCUCAUCAGCCGCCUGCUCUCGUCUCUUACCUCAAAAGUCGUGCUUCUUCUCUCGAUCGUCGAUGGCGAAGGAUCCCGUUCGUGUUCUCGUCACAGGCGCCGCAGGCCAAAUUGGAUAUGCGCUUGUGCCUAUGAUUGCUCGGGGAAUAAUGCUUGGACCUGAUCAGCCUGUGAUUCUACACAUGCUCGACAUUCCUCCUGCUGCAGAGUCUCUGAGUGGGGUUAAAAUGGAACUGAUUGAUGCAGCAUUUCCUCUCCUUAAAGGAGUUGUUGCUACGACUGAUGUUAUUGAGGCUUGUACUGGGGUCAAUGUAGCAGUGAUGGUUGGUGGAUUCCCAAGGAAAGAAGGAAUGGAGAGAAAAGAUGUGAUGUCGAAGAAUGUCUCUAUCUACAAAUCUCAGGCUUCUGCACUUGAAAAGCAUGCAGCUGCUAACUGCAAGGUGCUGGUUGUGGCCAACCCAGCAAAUACCAACGCCCUCAUAUUGAAAGAGUUUGCUCCAUCCAUUCCAGAGAAGAACAUAACUUGCUUGACAAGGUUAGAUCACAACAGGGCAUUGGGCCAGAUUUCGGAGAGGCUAAAUGUGCAAGUUAGUGACGUUAAGAAUGUCAUCAUAUGGGGAAAUCACUCGUCUACACAAUACCCUGAUGUAAGUCACGCUACUGUGAAAACAUCAAGUGGAGAAAAGGCUGUUCGUGAACUUGUUUGUGAUGAUGAUUGGCUGAGAGGAGAGUUUAUCUCAACUGUUCAACAACGUGGUGCUGCAAUCAUCAAAGCUAGGAAACUUUCAAGUGCAUUAUCUGCCGCCAGCUCUGCAUGUGAUCACAUUCGUGAUUGGGUCCUUGGAACACCAGAGGGAACUUUUGUUUCCAUGGGUGUAUAUUCUGAUGGGUCUUACGAUGUGCCAGCUGGCGAGUGGACUAUCGUCCAAGGACUUCCAAUUGAUGAAUUCUCGAGGAAGAAGAUGGAUGCGACUGCUGAGGAGCUAACUGAGGAGAAGGCUCUAGCAUACUCGUGCCUCUCAUAAAUUGUUCCUUUGAUAUCUCCUCUUCCUUCCACACGGAGCUGUCACCAUGAAUGCUACAGCGGAUGCAACUGCCCGUUCUUGAAUAAUUUGAGUUUUACUGUUGUAACAAUUUGCUUUGCUGUAUCGAUCCCGAUGCUGUAAUAAUCCUUGAAUUUUCAUGUACUUGAAAUUUUUCUUAAUUUUGCGCAAUUAUAAACUGAACUGAUUGAGUGA